UCAUAUCGACACGGCGCACUUCAAUCGCGGGUACCCAAGCCCCAACAUACGCGAUUGGCGUGUCAACAAGUUCUACAUGAAUCUGCCAUCCUGGCUACAUUAUCGUCAAUUAUCGCUGGACGUGGAUGUCCAUCGCUUGUAAAGUGUGAGCCAGUGCUGGCAAGUGUUGUAUUGCCAAUCCCGUAUUGAUGUUGAUUACCAUCUAUCAAUGAAGUUACAUGUAUUGUAAGAAGUUUUCACUGGUUUAUGCAGUCCACUUGAUAAAAAGUUUGCAAUGGAGGCAGAGAUGGAUUUAGAUGUAGCCUUGCAUGAACUGGGAAUGUUGAGUGCUGUCACGGACAGCCGUAGAGACUACCUCAAUGAGCAGGCACAACGACGACGGACCUCGUCCUGUUACAGUGUGCUGCAAAUGAAUCCAACAUAUGUGACCUGUCUUGGGCCAGUCUGUUAUUCAGUUAAGCCGAAGUCUACGGAGGUUGAUGUGGGUGAGGCUCCAAGGAGUUUGAGGGCGUCGGGCUCUGUUCCCGAUCUCCUGACAGACGACAGGCGAGUGUCCCGCCACCAGAGGUCGAAGCCGCGGUACAGCCGUCCGUAUCACAUCCCGAAGCAUGCCUCAAACAGCCGUGUCCGACGGACUACGGGACCAACCGAAGACAAACGCGAGGCAGACAAAACAAAUUCAGAGGAGGCCUCAGUCUUUCUCAGUUCAAACUCUGAAGUGAUGCCAACCGUCCACUUGCUGACGCGAUCCAAGUCAGUGGACGAUCUAAGCAAGACUGGAUUGCCUGACCAGGUCGUGAUGAGCUCAGCAGUCAGGACCCAACAUCAGGAACUUGAAAUGGUCUCCAGGCAUUUGAGAGACUUGCAAGUGUCUUCCAGUUGACUGAAAUUUGGUGCAGGGAAUAUUCCUGAAGGUUUCAGAUGUACAUCUCAGGAAUUGCUGAGCAUCAGCAUUGGAGACCCUACACAGAUGUUGUAAGGCCAAGUAAACGAAAAGCUCAACAUGUUUAGCAUCCAGACAUUUGAAAAGGAGAUGUAGAUGCUUCAUUCUCAAGAUGGCAGCCGUUCUUUUAUGUCCGACAAAGUUUGUUUCCACUGUUCAGAAAUACAUGUACAGAAAGAAAGACUCAUUGAAAAAGAAAAUUGGACCUACCCCAUAUCAUGGAAGUGGCAUUUGUUACUUGUGUGGCACGGUUUUGCAAGAAUUCAAAAAAACAAAGUCAUAGACUUGUGUGCAAUUUGCAGCUCAAGUCAAAUAUUCAGUUGGGGCCAUCAUGCAGUGACGCAGUCAAGGGGAGGGGUGGCUGGGGCAUGUGUCCCCCCCCCCAGGGGCCCCCACUGAAAAAAACAGAUGAAUGGAUAUUGAACAAGGCUAACAAAACUUGCCCUAAAAAAACCACACCACUGAAAGCUGGUGCCCCGCCCCCCCCAGUAAAAUACUAGCUACACCACUGCCAUCAUGAUACUUGUAAUGUCCAUGACGUUGUAGUUGCCAGUUCCCUAAUUCACCCACCUUUUGUAAAGUCUAGUUUUCACAGGAAGGGGUGAAAUAAGGAAACUGGCAACUAUACCGUGAAGGAUAUUAAAGACAUGAGAUAUUGCGGGUGACUGAGAUACAGGAAAAAUGCAGUAACCAACAGCAUCUAAAGUUGGAAGAUGAGACUCACGAUUAUCAUAUUUUCAGAUGGAUUAGACGACAUCUUUGCUUUAUUUUUACCUCAUUUUUCCUCUUAUAAAAUUAAAAAAAUAAAUCCAGGUGGCUUCCAAGGAUGUGGGUAAGGAUGAUAAACAUGAUUUGUUUUUUACUUGUCCUAGUUCUUAACAGUGGGCUUUGCCAUGCAUUUACGUGCAUCAUGGUAAAAAAAAAUUGAGUCUUAUUAAUGUGCAGAAAGACAGGUUUUUGCAUCUGAGUGAUUCAAGAAUUACUUUGAAAAGGCUUAAUGUAAACUACUAACGUCUGAAUUGGCUUUUCUGUGCAAUGUAUUUGUUGUGAUAACAAUGACAAAUCUUCCAAGGAUUCCAUGUCACCUGCAUAGCAACAAGAAGAAGUGUUUGAAUUGUGUAUUUUAGGUCUGCAGUACGAAUGGAUGCUUGUUAAGGCCGGUUCAUACUCUCUGCGUAUUCAAUGUGUACGCAGCGCGAAGGUCUAUUUUGAGGUGUCUGCAGUGCGUGAGGGAAACCCCAGCGCGUAAUGAAAAUACGCGCCCUUGCACGCAGUUUCUGAAAAUAAUUGAUAGUGUGUACGCGCCAAAUAUGCGUAUUUGGACAAAAUGAAAUUUUUAAACGUUUGUCGGAUAUGCACACGCAGCCGAGACUUGAGAAAAGAUGAAAGUGUGAACGUCAAAUGCGGCGUUCACAUUAUGCGCUGCGUGGGUACAAAUGCGGCGAGUAUGAACCAGCCCUUACUUUUUUAACUGAAAUGCACUGGACUUCAACAAGACUGGGUACAAUUUCACAGCACUGCUGAGCACCUGAUUCUACGCUAACACAGUAACAGUGGCUUGCCUCAUGUCAUAGAGACCUUAACUAUCAAGGACAGCAAAAGGCAUGCUAACCUUGGAGAUCAAAUUUGGUUAACUUGGUGACGUCAGUCACGUAACAGUGGAAAUCUUCAUGCGCGCCCAUGCAGUUUUUGUACUAAGCGCAGCAACUGUGAAAUGCUGACCUUGAAAUACGCUCACCAAUAAGCAAUUUUUUUUUUUACAGUUAGCCAAAAAUUUUGCUUGAUGGUAAGCAGUGCUGUGAAAUUUGGUCCCCGUCUGAGGGGUUUUGCUACAUGUACAGUACAUGUAGAUUAUGAGAAAUGGGACAAAAAAGCAACUUGUCAGACCUCUGUAAAUGUGCACAAAUAGUUUUAAAAUUGACUUAAUGUAAUGAUAAUGUAAUGCAGUGGUCUAUGGGUAGAGAUAAGUAACAUUUACCGGUAGUAACAAUACCUCCCUUGUUAAAUGUACCUCAAGGUGUAUCAUGUAUGUUCAUUGCAGAUGUGCGAACAAACUACACAUCAAUGCCUGUGCUAUGUACAUGCUGAAAUUUUUAAGCAACUGGAAAAUGUGCUCUACAUUGGACCAGUGGGACAUUUGUAUUUCCAAACAAUCCCUAACUUGCAUACAUAAUGAACUUUGUUUCUUGAUUUGAACCCAAACACCUGUUUUUAGAUGAACUUAUCUUCAGCCAUGGGGAUAAUAAAUAGGCCCUUUGGAAUUUGAGCUUUGAACAAGUUUGGGCAGGUGGAUAGCGUAUUGUGUGGUCCCUAAAAAUAUGUAUCAAAACAAAUUUAUGACUAUCCUUAAGUAUCAGAUUUAAAUAUUCCCUGAGUGGUGUUGUUUUUUGGCCUCACAGUCAGAUGAAUGUACAAAUGCAUUGUGGACCAUUUGUUCAUCCGCUUUCGUCCCUCUAUGAUGCUCAUUUUGAAAUCAGAAAAAUGACAGUUUCCAUCAAGAACUGUCUCAUCCCCCAAAGAUCACUCACACACACUAACAGAAUUAACUUGUUGAUUACUUGGCCUUCCAUUCAUUUAAUUACGUUAAUCAAUUUAUCAUACACAAUUAUACAAAUAGACAUGAGAAGCUGAAUAAAUUAACUGGUAUAAGUUUUGAA